AAAGCCGUAAAACGUAAUCAAUAAAAAAGUAAUUAAUCCGCUUUAAAAAAUAAACAUAAAUAUUACAAUCUGAAUAUACGAUAUAAAAUGAUUAAAACUACGACGUAUUAAGGACACAAACACAAUACAAAAUUUUAUAAAAUGACUACAACGUUAGUGAACUCAGUGCGCGAUUAUUUAUCAUCACUUUUUAUGUUCGUUGAUAAUGAAUGGUUAACCGGGUGUGUCGAGUUUUUGUCCGAAAAUAAUUACAAUGAACUAGAGAUAUUACACUCGGCAAAAGAACAGUGGCUGCUCAAUGACCUUAAAGAUAUCUGCCCUGGUUCUCUGCCUGCUAACUUGAGGAACAUUAAAAAGACACAGCUUAAUGGAAAAUAUGCACUCCAAAUUAACUAUGUUGUUGAUAUAGGAACCCCAGCCUAUCAACAAUAUUUGAAACUACAAAAAGUUAACAUGGAGAAUAUUGAAGCAACUACAAAUAAGGAGGAUAAAAUUCCUAGUAAUAGAAUGAUAAAAUUAUAUCUAACAGAUGGUGUGCAAGAUAUAUCGGCAAUCGAAUACAAACCGAUGAGGAAUUUGACUUGCGAUAUUACACCCGGUUGUAAAAUUUAUGUGAAGGGCCCAGUUGAAUGUCGCCGAGGCGUGUUGUUAUUGUCUGAAUGCAAUGUUGAAGUUCUCGGUGGGGAGGUAGACAGCAUGGCUAUCACCAACUCAGCGGCAGUUGUCAUAGCAAAUAAGUUGGGUCUGCCUAUGACUGAUGAUACUGCACAUAAUACAAGAAAUAGUACACAAUUGCACCAUACAGAAAUGCCACCAACCGUUACAAUUACUCAUGAAAACGAAACCAGACAAACCAAUUUCAUUGAUGACAUAGAAACUGAUUUAUUGUUAGCAAAAAUAGACGCACAGAUUUCAGAACACUCCGGGAAGAGACAGUUGAAUGUAGAAGAUCAUAACAUAAAUCCGGAAAAGAAAUUUAAGGUGGAUUCUAUAUCAGAUGCACAUAAUGAUGAAUUUCCAGAUGACAAUGAUAUGUUUUUCGAGGAAGAUCUAGACUACUUGAGGGAUAUGGAGGAACAAUUGGAUGCAAGAGAUAAUGAGAUUAAAGAUAAUAUACAUAAAGAACCUAUUACUGUAUCUUCGGAUCCUUUCGUAUAUAUAAAGCAAAUAAAUGAGUUGGAUGAGACAGAGAAAGCUGGUAGAGUGUUUAGGAUAAAAGCGCAAAUCAUAAAGCUACUAUCGAAAUUGUCAGUUGGGAAAGAUGGCUGGAGUUUACGUUGUACAAUAGUAGAUGGAACUGGUUCUCUAGAUGUGGACUUCACUAGUGACAUCCUGUCAACAUUAGUCGGCUUCACGCCUGACGAAAUGCAUUUGAUUAAAAAACAAAUUGCUACGAAUCCUGAAAUGAAGGAGAAAGCGGUUUCGGCUCUUCAAAAAGCGAAGAAUACUCUGCAAGUCCUCUACUGCAUUAUAGAAGUAACGAUGCAGGAAGUCCCCAAGAUCACAGCACUAGUGCCAUUCGAAAGUAGCCAUGUAGAUCUAUUAAAUAAAAGAUUGCAAGGCAGUGGAUUAUAACAUCAGUUACUUUUACUUUCAUUUCUUUGUUGUGAAUCUCGUUGUUGAAAUACAAUAUAUUCUGGAGUUGAAGGUUAUAUUUUUAAUUAAUUUAACAUCGAACAAGUCAUUUACGACUUUAUUCCACAAUAAUAAGAUUUCUUUUGUCAAAGUAACUAAAAUAGAG